CGAUGUUUACUCAACCAUUCAGGACUACAUUACCCACACGGCAUCACCCUCUGUUGUCAAAAGUGUUGCUUUCUUGAGUCACUUAGCAAACUCUGGCCGUGUCUGACAGCCUAUUUUCUCCUAUUUUACGAAAUAAUGCAUAUGUCAGGCACUGGCAUUGGGGAUAUAGGAUGCGGGCAGUGGCCGGGAGCAGGAUCAGUACCUGGCGGCUGCAAUCCUCGUAAAUUCAGCGAGAAAAUCGCCCUGCACACUCAGCGACAAGCUGAAGACACAGCCGCUUUCCGAGAGGUUAUGAUGGACAUAACUUCCAUCAGGGUUCAGGCUGAGAAAGUUUGUGGAGGAUCGCUGCCAAAUGUCAACCAGAUUUCAAGAUGCUCCACAAAGAACCAGUUCCCCUGCAACUCAGACCCAAGUUAUCUCACCCAGCAUCUCCUAGAGGCAGAUGAAUGGUACAGAGACAUACAGCCCAGUCAUCUGGCCAGAUCACACAGGAGACAUUUUGAUAGUGCUCCCUAUCUCUCUACUCACUCGUCUCUUCCUCGAGGUCCUACCUGGAAAAGAAAUUGGUCCAGUUGUUCUGCCACUGAGAAGAGCCAGAUGGUCCCUCUUCCACUAACAGCUCUAAAUAGAACUAACUCUGAUUCAGCCCUCCACACCAGUGUGCGAAACACCCUUUUGGAUGGCCGUAUGAAAUCCUCCCAAAUUCGGAACCCUCACACCAGGCACAGUGGGACAUUUGCACAUCCAGUGCCACUAAUUGAAGAAAAUAUUCCAGAGGAGACAACACCUCCCAAACUAAAGAAGAGAUCCUCAGUGACAUCAUCAGGAUGUGAAACACCUGUUUUUCCCAACGUCCCAUUGCCCGAUCAACACGUCUCUUCCCUCCCAGUCACAUUGGCCUUCAGUACCAGCGGCUCUCUUCCGGACUUGUCCAGCCUCCACCUGCCUUCUCCGCUUCCUGUAGUCCAAGAUUCUGAGUCCCAAAGCGCUACUGCCUCUCACAGUGGCACAGACCACCUGAGUUGCACUUCCACAAACCCCAAAAUUAUGUCUGACUUUAACUUACCAAGUCUGUCCUCAUCUCUUCAGGCAUCUUUAAGUAAUCCUUUACUCCAGUCUUCACUCAGCAGUCCCAACAUCCAGUCAUCUCUCAGCAGCCACUCCCUGCCCAGCUCUCUGAGCUCCACUUCCUUACACCUGUCACUUAGCAACUCCUCCCUACAGUCAUCGCCCAGCAACCAGUCCCUGCAGUCCUCCCUUAGUAGCUCUUCUCUAAGUAACCUGUCCAUCCAAUCAUCAGCUAGCCGCUGCAGUUACAGCAGUGGAAUUGGUGGAUCUCGCUCUUGCUCCUCCUCCUCCUCUCUCUCUGCUUCACCACAUGUAACUGGCCAUGCCCAUGCCACCCCAUCACAGAAGAAGGCCCAGCUCAGCCCACUUAUUGUAUCCAGUGUUGGAGAGUCCCGUUGGCAGCAUCCAAAUCAGUUUUCACCCACAGUGUCUCCAACCUUGUCUUCUAUAACUCAGGGUGCUCUCCUCAACCCUAACAAAGUUUUGAAAGAGACCAAGCCACCAGCAUAUCCCUGCAGUCAGCUCCUAAAAACUGCUCAACAAAUGUCCCAUCAGCCAGUUCGACAGUAUUUUCAUCCAGAGGCACAGCAUCAGUCUAUCCCAGAGAUGGAACAGUGGAGUAAUGAACACCAGCCACAACAAUCACAACAUCAGCAAACACAUAGUCAGACACAACAACACCUGUUACAUUCACAGCACCACAUUCACAAACAGAGUUGGCAGCUACAGGAUCAUUCACAAUCACAGACUAAAUAUCAGCAGCAGUUGCAACAUUUUGCUCAGCAACAUUUAAUGCAACAAGACGCCUUACAACAACCAACCAGCCAGCAUCAUCAACCUUACACAAAAGCGAAUCGACGGUUCCAGUAUCAUCAGUUAUGUGAUGACCAGUACCAGCGCCCAAAUCAGUGGCAGUUGCCAUGCCAACAGGGCCCAUACCAAGGUCAACAGCACCAACAUCAUCAUCAACCUCCACCUUUGCCCACUUUAAGUCAAGAGAAAAGCUGGAAUCAUAUGACAGGCCCACCAGGCUUCCCAAACACACAAGGGAAAAGCCCACAUAGAACCUGUAUGCAGACGCAAGAGCAAGCAGAGCCACAAUGUAAGGUCACUUUCAGUGAGACUCAAGGGGAGAGAUCAAGGAUCUCAGAUUCUGGGGAAAGCGAAAUAAUUGCAAACUCAAAGAAUAACGGUUUUGAACUGAACAAGGAAUCAUAUGUUGGCUUACUCCUUACCCCUAGCCAGGCAAAGGCCCUCUCCCAGCAGCUUGAAGGGCUUCAAAAGGAGCCUCUAGGUGGCAGUAGAGUGUCAGAUCUUAAUAUUCAAGCAUCAGAAAGCAAGAGUAUGCUACCACAGCAUAACCAAAUCAUUAAUGCCAGAGAAACAGAACAUAUUUUCAACAUUAACUUAUCAGAGCAAUCAUCCUGGCUGGACCAGGAUAUAUUGGGCCUACAUGACUCAGUCCUGGAGUUCGAUCUAGAAACCUUUGACUUGGACAGUGAGGGUCUUCCUUCUCUGGAAGACUUGGGCUAUGUACAGUAAUACGUUUUCUAUGCUUGUAUUAUUAAAAUGUGUUUAAAAUAUUACAUAUUCUAGGAAGCUACAGUCAAAAUUUAGUUUUUACCAAUAAACUUCAAAAUUGAUAAUUAACAUAUGGAAUGAAAAUCAUUAAUUGGCUUAAAGAUCCUUUAAGGCAGUGGCUCCCAAACCUGUUCCUGGAGGCCCCCCAACACUGCACAUUUUGUAUAUCUCCUUUUCUGACAACCAUUUCAGGUCUUGGGAGUCUCCACUAAUUAGCUGAUGAUCAGGUGUGUUUGAUUAGGGAAAUAUCCAAAAUGAGUAGUGUGGCUGAUCAAGGGAUCUAUGAGUAGUGGGGGGCCUCCAGGAACAGGGUUGGGAACCACUGCUUUAAGGGAACAUGAAAAAUACACUUAUAAAAAGAGUAAAAAGGGUUUUGCAUGGAGGUUAAAGAGAGUAGGACUAUGUGCCUAAAAUAGGAUUUUCUUUUAUUUUUGUUUAUAUUUAAAUAUACUUUAAAUAUAAAUAUAUAACUAUAAAUGCAAUAGAAAAAUAUAUAUAUUUUUGUAUUGAUACAUACAGUGAAGUCAAAUGUUAUUGUUUAUGGUAUUUCUGAACUCAAUAUAGCAUAGAACAACUAAUGGAAUUUCACAGUGUAUGAAAAUACCUUUGGCUAGUUUGGGGCCAGUUUCUUUUUAUUUAUAAUACUUUAUUACAAUAUUGAUAGUAAACACUUUUGGUAUCAGCUCCAGACUUCAUGUCCAACUGAAAUUUGGGUCAUAGCAUAUCCAAUUGUUUGCAUUUUAAAGUCUUGUGUUAAAAACGGGGUCAUUUUGUUGUGCCUGACUGUUGACAUCUGCCUCUGGAUUUUCAUAUUAUAUUUAUGUUAUUUUUUUUUUUAGCAUUUAUAGCUAAAUUAUUUUUAUGUAUUGAACUUUAAGACUUUGCUUUAUCACUCUCUGGUAGAGGUGCUAUUGGGUUUUUUCUUCAGUAUAAAAUGUAAAUUAUCACAAUGUUUUCAAAAUGCAUAUUGUAAUACACAUUUUCAUGAUUUACAAAAUAUGUCAGAAUUAACCUUAAUUUGAAAUAAUUAUAUUAACAUCAAAUAUUAUAGAAACACCCUCUGUAAAAGUAUUGCAAUAAAAUGUGGACUAAC